UAAAUAAAGGAAUAUUCUCCAGCUGUAGUUGCAGGUUGUCGAGUCGUGAUUGGAAGUGAUCCGUCCAGCUAAAUAACGAAUAAUUGCGCUUUAAAACAUACUGAUACCGUAGAGCUGGCAAGCGAAAUUUUUUCCUUAGCGACACACUUCACUUACCGUGUCUAUUGAAUAAAGUCUGCCUGAUUUUUAAAAGGAAUAUUUUAGCUAAUGGCAUAGAUGAUCUGUUUCUAAUUGGAGACUAGUUCCAGCUCUUCAUACACUGCUUAAUAAAUCUAAUAUAAGGUGACGGAGGCCAGAUUUACUAAUCCUGAUAAUCACAUUAGCACUGGUUUAGUAUCGCACGCUCAUCAAAAAAAAUAUACACCGUAUACAGUACGUCGAGACUCAAAACCAUAAUCGUGAUUACAAAUGAACGUAGAGAGAAAAAAAAAAAAACUAGUUCAAAGUGGAACUCUCCAGCGAAAAAUGUACUCGAGUGAAAGUAAAAACUCGAGUUUUAAAAUGUAAAUGUUGUUAACUGGUGAAAUGAAGUAGUCGUGCUUUCUAAAAACUGUCGCAACAUUGCCAAGUUUGCUGCGUAGUUUGCUAAUGAAUUCAUCAGAUGUAAAAUAACCAGUGUUUACCAUUAGCUCGAAUUUUACUUGCAGCCCAUACAAUUACAUUAGCUCCUGGUCACAGUGCUAGUGUGACGGAAGUAGCAAAGAACACAGGCUAGUUUAGUCAAAUAUUGCUAGUUAAUGUUGGCAGAUUAGUGAAACUUACCUCAGCUUGUUUUUUCAAAGCAGAUUCAAGAUUUUUAUUUGUCACAUAUACAGUAUAUAACUUGCAGCGAAAUGAAAGCCUGGACAACUCCUCCUUAGACUGUGCAUUUAAAUAACAAAAUUUUUAAAAAUCAGAAAUGAAUACGGAAGACUUGUAGAGGAAUGGGGCGCACGGUGGUUUAGUGGUUAGCAAGUCCGCCUCACACCACCAGGGUUGGGGGUUUGAUUCCUGCCACGGCCCUGCGUGCAUGGAGUUUGGACGUUCUCCCCGUGGUUCCCUCCGGGUACUCCGGUUUCCUCCGCCAGUCCAAAGACAUGCAUGGUAGGCUGAUUGGCAUGUCCAAAGUGUCCGUAGUGUAUGAAUGGGUGUGUGUGGAUGUGAUUGUGCGAUGGAUUUGCACCCUGUCCAGGGUGUACCUCGCCUUGUUCCCGAUGCUCCCUGGGCUAGGCUCCAGGUUCGCCGUGACCCUGAAGGAUAAACGAUUUAGAUGAUGUAUGGAUGGAUGCUUGUACAGGAAUGUGCAAAAAAAAAAAAAAAAAGGGACGUACAAAAUAUGCAAUUAUGUUACAUGUAGUAACAGUACAAAGUGCAGAGUGGGCCUUAUGGAGUUCUACUGGAUCUGUACAGUUAACAUAUCGGUGUUGAGGUGUCUGAUGGCCUGAGGGAAGAAGUUCCUCCUGAGCUUCUCAGUUUUAGCAUUAAAUACACUGUGUAGUGUAACAUUUAUAUUCUUUAAUUCAAGACUUAUAAAAUAUCAUGACCUCAAUUUAGUACCUAAAACUAAACCAUCCAUACAUCUUACUAAAUGGUUCACAAUUCAUUUAAAAAAAAAAAAAAAAAAAAGCUUCUAAAUUGGAUGAUCUCAUUUGGUUUGUGUUGCGCUCAUGUACGUGGAAGAAUUCAGUACGUCAAUACAUGAGAACAAUACAAUACAACUCGCUAAUCAACAUUCAUAGCCCUGAUCUCCAUUGAUUAAAGACUUCAGGUCAUGUUGUUCUUUCUUCUUGUGGUAUUAUCUCAUCCUCGGGGGGACGGGACAUCCAACAUGGUCAAACAAUUCGGACAAUUUUCAUUCGGUUAGAACGUUGUCAGUGCAUGCUUCACAAAUUAUAACCUUAAAAGUAUAAAGGUAUCAUCACUUGACUGAUGACAUACAGGCCAUAAUUUAAUUAGUCAAUAAGACACAACUGAGGUUUUUUUUUUUUGUAAUGCUCAGAUAUUUUGGAUUUUAUUCAAUUUUAAUUCAAUUUAUUCUUUUUUUUUUGUUGUUGUUGUUGCUAGUUUUCAAACCAUUCCUGUUGCUCGGUGAGCCUCGUUGCUCAACUCAAAGCAAAACCGAGGAAUUCUUGCCAUGACAUUUUAGAGCACACUCGCCAUUCUUCUAUUCUUCCAAGCUGUAAACAUUUGAGAAGCGAGGGAUGAAGGGGCUAAAAAACCGUGCCGUGCGACAAAAGGCAGAUUCCUGCUCCAACUGUCUCAGAGCCUGACUUGUGGCCAGAGAGAGUGCCUUGGUGUCCUACUCUGUUGAUGUGUGUGUGUGUGUGUGUGUGUGUGUUUGAAAGUGUGUAUGUUUCCAAGUGUGUGUGUGUGUGUGUGUGUUUUGGGGGAGGUGGGAGGAUCCAGCCAGCUGAUGUCAUUCAGUCCAGCAGGCAGCGCCUGAAAGGGGCCCUUUGUUGGCAGAGAGCAGCUCCAGGACUCGGCUUCUCCUGCUAUCGAGCUCCCAAGACGUCAGAAUGGCACAAUCGAGACAGUACCUCUUCAUGACCAACUGUUAACUUUGCUCCUUGAUCAACUUGGGGGGAAAGAGUUGUUUUUCUCCGCUGCCCGCCCCCGUGUUUGGAUGUUUUUUCUUCUUCUUCUUUUCUUCCAGUAAGAAACGAUUAGGCAGAGCUGGAAUGGGGAGAAAAUGGAGCCUCUCGCACAGGAAAGUCGGUAGAAGAGAUCCGUAAAAGUCAUAAAGUGGAUGCAGCUGUGGAGUCUUUGCGAUGUGGAUACCAGCUUUCACUUUGAAAAAGUGAUCUCUUCGUUUUCUUGACUUUGUUAUUCACUUUUUAAAAAGCUGCUUCUUUUUUUUUUUUUCCUCCCCUAAAUGGGUUUAGAUCGUUAGUCCGUUUUUGGAUGACCGAUAACUAAGACGUUAACCUCGGCGGGAAAAAAAAAAAAAACAAACAAACCCUAAAACAGACUUUUUCCCUUUAAAGCAGGAUUGUACAAAUCAAAUGAAAAUGUUGGAAAUCUGUCUGAAAUUGGUGGGGUGCAAAUCAAAAAAAGGCCUUUCAUCUUCCAGCUAUAACCUUACCAGAGAAGCUCUUCAGCGACCGGACUUUGAGCCCUCUGGUCUGUCUGAGGCGGCGCGCUGGAACUCCAAAGAGAACCUGUUGGCAGGACCUAGUGAAAAUGACCCCAAUCUGUUUCUAGCACUGUACGACUUUGUUGCGAGUGGUGACAACACGCUCAGCAUCACUAAAGGAGAGAAGCUGCGAGUGCUAGGUUACAAUCACAAUGGCGAGUGGUGUGAAGCGCAGUCCAAGAAUGGUCAGGGCUGGGUGCCCAGCAACUACAUCACUCCCGUCAACAGUCUGGAGAAGCACAGCUGGUACCACGGGCCAGUGUCCCGCAACGCUGCCGAGUACCUGCUCAGCAGCGGCAUCAACGGCAGCUUCCUGGUGCGAGAGAGCGAGAGCAGUCCAGGCCAGCGGUCCAUCUCACUACGCUACGAGGGUCGAGUCUACCACUACCGCAUCAACACGGCUUCUGACGGCAAGCUCUAUGUAUCGUCGGAGAGUCGUUUCAACACACUGGCCGAGUUGGUGCAUCACCAUUCCACCGUCGCGGAUGGCCUCAUUACGACACUACACUACCCAGCGCCCAAACGUAACAAGCCCACGAUCUACGGCGUCUCGCCAAACUACGACAAGUGGGAGAUGGAGCGCACGGACAUUACUAUGAAACACAAGCUGGGCGGAGGCCAGUAUGGAGAGGUGUACGAGGGAGUGUGGAAAAAGUACAAUCUCACCGUCGCUGUCAAAACACUAAAGGAGGACACAAUGGAGGUAGAAGAGUUCCUAAAGGAGGCGGCAGUCAUGAAAGAAAUCAAACAUCCCAAUUUGGUCCAACUAUUAGGUGUUUGCACACGGGAGCCACCCUUCUACAUCAUCACUGAGUUCAUGACCCACGGUAACCUGCUGGACUACCUGCGUGAGUGUAACCGCGAGGAGGUCAACGCCGUGGUGCUGCUCUACAUGGCCACUCAGAUUUCCUCUGCAAUGGAGUACUUGGAGAAGAAAAAUUUUAUUCACAGGGACUUGGCUGCCCGCAACUGCUUGGUCGGGGAGAACCACUUGGUGAAGGUAGCAGAUUUUGGUUUGAGUCGUCUGAUGACGGGAGACACGUACACAGCUCACGCCGGAGCCAAAUUUCCUAUCAAAUGGACUGCACCAGAAAGCCUGGCAUAUAAUAAAUUCUCGAUCAAAUCAGAUGUAUGGGCUUUUGGAGUGCUGCUAUGGGAGAUUGCCACCUAUGGGAUGUCCCCAUACCCUGGGAUUGAUUUGUCCCAGGUAUAUGAGCUACUUGAGAAGGACUAUCGCAUGGACAGACCUGAGGGAUGCCCAGAGAAAGUCUACGAACUAAUGAGAGCCUGUUGGAAAUGGAACCCAGCAGAGAGGCCGUCCUUUGCCGAGACCCAUCAAGCGUUUGAAACUAUGUUUCAGGAAUCCAGCAUCUCAGACGAGGUGGAGAAAGAAUUGGGGAAGAAGGGUAAAAAGCUGACACUUGGCUCCAUACAGCAGGCCCCGGAGCUACCGACCAAAACUAGGACGAUACGCAGACCUAUGGAGAAAGAUGGAGACAGCCCAGACGGUGCGGAGGCAGAGGUAGCGGUGUCGCCGAUGCUUCCUCGAAAAGAGAGGCUUAUAGUAGACAGCAAUCUAAACGAGGAACCAAAAUCCAAGACCAGCCUCAACCCCUUGAUCAGCUUAAUCAAAAAGAAAAAGAAAACCGCUCCGACCCCUCCAACACGCAGCAGUUCCUUUAGGCACCCCAGGGAUGAUUUUAACAAUGGCUCUUCGUUUAAUGACGCCACGCUAGGUAUCGACCCUUCGAAGUUCCUCUGCCUCAAUAAUAAUGGAGCUGGAGGUGUCAGCAACGGAGCACCCGCAUAUCCGGGUCAGGUGUUUCCUCCACACCCGCGGAAAAAGGGCACACAAGGAACUUCCAGUGUUGGGAGACUCGCUACAACGCCCCCGGGUGAGGAAGAUCUGUCCAACUCAAAGCGCUUUCAGAGGUCCUCAUCAGCCUCCAGCAUGCCCCCAGGGUCAGACCGCACAGAGUGGAAGUCGGUCACACUCCCCCGUGACGUGCAGUCUCGCCACUUCGACUCGAGCACCUUGGGAAGCAAGCCUGCCCUGCCUCGCAAGAGCACACCACGCGGUGGCACUCUUACCCCACCCCCACGCCUGUCCAAGAAGACCGAAGACGCUUUAGACGAGGUUUUUAAGGAUAGUGAAUCUAGUCCCGGAUCAAGCCCCCAGACCCUAACCCCCAAGUUGGGUCAUCGGCCGCAAACGCAGAGCGAAAACUCCAAAACUAGUGCCUUCCAAGCAGACCUGCUUAAAUCGAACGCACUCUCUGCCCUGGGAGCGGCUGGGGAGGAGUGCAGAGCACGCAGACACAAACAACCUCUAGAUAUCUCGGGUCAGCGAGAGAAGGAUAGGGGGAAGUUUCCAAAGUCCAAGCCAGCCCCUCCUCCACCUCCACCCUCGAGUGUCAAAUCUGGGAAGGUUUCACGGAGCCCCACGCAAGACCUAACCGCUGACGCUAAAGUCAAAGUCAGUCUUGACCUAAGUCCCUCUGGCUCUGAUCAAGCCAGGUCCUUCUUGCCCCAGGAAAGUACCAAAAAACUUAGCACCUCAAAAGCACAGCCAUCAAAGACCGCACCCACUUCUCCAACCAGUCAGCCACUGGGAGUAGUGGCCAGCUCACCUGCUGGAGAUCAGGGCUUGGCUACGGCUUUCAUCCCGCUUGUGACUACACGCCGCUCUUUGAGGAAAACGCGUCAGAAUGAACGUAUUCCCAACUCGACCAUCACACGAGAGAUGGUCCUGGAGAGCACAGAGCUUCUGCGUGCUGCCAUCAGCAGGAACUCUGAGCAAACAGGCAGUCAUAAUGCGGUUUUGGAGGCUGGCAACAACCUGUCCAAGUACUGCCUGAGCUACGUGGACUCCAUACAGCAGAUGAGGAACAAGUUUGCAUUCCGUGAGGCCAUUAACAAGCUGGAGAACAGCCUGAGGGAGCUGCAGAUCUGCCCUACAGCCACUGGGGGCGCUAGCACACCACAAGACUUCACCAAGCUCCUAUCCUCUGUCAAGGAGAUUAGUGACAUUGUCCAGAGGUAGCCGAAGUGCCUUGAUCCUCCCUUUUAGUUUCCCCCUUCAGGGUAACCAGCAGAAUAAUGAUCUUGACAAGGCAGAUUUAGAGAGGGGGAUUUAUUUUUAUUUUAUUUUUUUCCUCCUGAAUGGCUGUGACAUACAUUUUUCCUAAACAAUCUGAAAUCACCUCUUGUGUUCAAAAAUACUGUAGGACUCAAUAAUACUGUAGGUUGCAUAUCAUAGGACAGAAGUGUCUUGGUGUUGAGCGCACAUUCGAAAGAACCUUCAUGUAAAUUGGGUUGGAUCAUAAACAAUCUUGAAAUAUGAAAAGCCUGAGUAUUAGUUACAUUGGAAAAUUGUGAUGACACGUAUUUCUUAAAAACAAAGUCGUCUUGGAUUUUGUUGAUUACAGUCUCGAAGACAAACCUCACGUCGUGUAUUAUCCGGGGCUCACUCAAGAAAUCCACUCUACGGUUUAUUUUGUGUACAGAUGGGAGACUCGUGGUUUUGACCAAGAUCUUUGUUCUCCAGCUUGGUUUUACUUUGUUUUUUUUUUUCCCCCAUUAAAGGGCUCUGUUGUGUGACAUGUUACAGCCCCAUUGUUAAUAUUGAGCCCAGUUAAGUGUUAGAGAAUCACUGUGCCAUAACGGUUCCAAAUCAGUGCAGUUCUUUCUUUUGAACGGAUGUGCCUUAAACGUCCUUGAACUUAAAGACACUCGGCAUUAAUCAGCGAUGUGACCUUGAGGAAAAAAAAAAACAGGACUGACUGAGCAUUUUAACUUAUACAUUCAUCUACAGUAACUGACAUGGAUGUUUUGAUUCUGAACACUACUGUCUCCAGGAGCCAGAGAAGGAUUGGUAAAGCAAGACCAGCAACACAAGAACCCAUGUAUCUGAAUGUUUUUUCUUUUCUUCUUUUAUCUAACGAUCUGUAAGAACGCAAGCCGGCACUCGUUAUGUCACUUGGUAACGUUCUGCACACCACUGACUAAGAUCCCGGUUACACCUUGUUGUUCUGUGCGUCUCGAGUAUCAGGAUUUGAUCUGGAUACGGACCGAAUACAUCAAACCCUUCGUAAUAUAUCGUGUCACUACUAAUAUCACCUCAGGACAGGAGAUCGUAACCAGAACCUCCUUUCACUGGAAACGAGGAGCAGCUGGCCACGCGUAACGAGCUUUGUCGAAACCAGUUCGCGUUCGUUUUGACCUGUGGUUAAAAUCACCAUGAAAUUUUUCAAUCUGAUCCAGGAUGCAUGAAUCAUCCGGGUGUAAAUGGGGUUCAAAUUGCUGGGAAACUUUUAAGGAUUAGAAUCACUAAGAUGAUUCGAGGUUUUCUGAUGGCCCCAUGGUUCAGUGGCGUGGUCUUACACACAGCAUUAAUGGGGGAAAACUGAGAUGUAUCGAGUGCUUAGAAAUCGUAUACUUAACCAACCAACGAACCUUCACUGUUAAGUCAGAAACUCUUACUAAAAAAAACCCAAACAGAAACACGUUCCUUUUCGUUUUUACUCGUAUUGUUUUUACAGUAUUAGUGUUUUUCAUUUUCGACACUUAGCCCUCUGACUGCGAUGCUUGAGGACGAAGCCUGCCACAAGCUGCCUGUUUUGACGUGGUACUGCCAGUGUUGACUUCUGUUUUUUUUAUCUUCAUAAAAGUCAUGCCACUACUCUUUUUUUUUUUUUGUUUAAUCCAAGUGUCACAGGUUUUGUACACUAAUUUGCUCAUCUUUUGUAAAUACACAUUUCUUGCAAUUUCAUGCGUAAAAUACAAAGCAAUUUUGUUACUUGAA